AUGACACCCGCACAAAUUGCCGGACUAUCAGUGGCAGCUGUAGCAGCUUUCAUCAUGGCCAUCGGACUUAUGGCAUUGAGUAUCUGUUUGCGAAGACGCAGGGAGCGUAGCAGUGAUUCGGAUGAGAUAAGCCAGGGGGGACAUGAGAAGCAAUCGUCGUCACGUUUCUCACAUUAUAUUCCAAUAGAAAGUGGGCUUGAGGUCUCACAGCAACACCCACCGAUUCCAAGGCCCCCGCCAACUCUCGGCAGAGUUGGCAACCAACGAACGGUUCGCCCAGUGCAACGCCUCGGUGUAGGGACAUCCAACAGCUCCUCGAAUUCCUCUCUGCCGCUCGAUCAGAUUGGCGUGGCAAUCAGUGCGGAACUGGAUGGAAAGCCUCUGGCGCCUAAGAAGGCCGUCAAUCCCGCCGGUCUGCAAAGAAAAGCGCCAGUCCAGGAACAAACCCAAAACAAUACACCCUUCCGGCCUGUCAGUACUAUGACACAGGAGACAGUCUUCGAAGAGGACGAAUUGCCACCCCAUAGAAGAUCUUCAGUGCUCCUCCCUACGCCACCAGUCCCCAUCCCACCUAUCCGUGCUCUGCAAACCUCUAGGGCAGCACCGAACCCCACCGCCAACAACCGACAAGCAGGUCGACGAUCAGAGUUGUUUCUCGACAUUCCCAUCCGCCACGAAAGACCCCAGCCGAAGCGGAUUAUCGCCGCAGCGAACGAUUCGCCUCAGCCUCCGCAACCCGCGACACGUCCUCGCCUAGCGCCUCCGUUUCAAAUGACCUCCACCAUUUCAUACGAGUCCCAGGCUACGACUGCCAGCUCACGCGAUACCAACACUUCUGGCGAUAUCAUCGACUACUACUUCUCCAACAACCGGAACCGGGACAUUACACCGAAAGCUAGCUCGGCGCACAUGGUUCGUCCGAAAGAGUCACCAAAAACUGCGCAAACCAAGUCCAAGAAGUCGCACAGUAGCACACUGUCCCAUACUACAACCCGUGCUUCGACUAAUAUUCGUGACUCGCUGUCUAGUCAGACAUCUUUCGAGACUGUAGACCGCGAUGACCCCACGCCCGAAGAUGAAGACGACGACAAACAGCUAUCCGACGAUAGCAGCAGUAACAAGCAACAGCUUUCCCCUGUAGCUGAGUCUCCAAUUUCCAAAUUGCGUUACCCAAAGGUGCCGCGCGCAUCAAAUCAACUGGUUCCACGCAGUCCCAAGAGCCCACCACACCACAACUUCAACAGCCCGCGCAGAGGCCCAGACCCUUCCAGCCUUCUUCAAAAACGAAACAACGCUUUGCCUCCGCUACUGCUCGAAUCACGUCCCAGGCUCAACAGCCCACACCGCGAUCCCUUCACAUCCCCGCCCCGCGUUACCAGUCCCCCUCGCAGAGUCCACACUCAUAUGCGCAGUAACAGCACUGAGUCCUGGAGCACAACACCCGCUUCCAAAAGCGGCAUUGACCGGAAAAGUCGGGUGCAAAGUGGGGCUUGGGGCAAAAGUCCCGUCAUGUACGAGGAAGACGUUGUAAUGCCAUUGAACGUGAGGCGGAAAAGGGACGAAAUGAGUGAAUUGAACAUCGGGAGGGAUGUUGAUGUGGAUGGAUUAACAAGUCCCGUCUGGGUUCCGAAAUUGACGCCGAGGAAGAAGGGAGAUGACUUGUUCCUGGAAGUUGGAUGGGGAAACCCUGCCAGGAGGUGA